AUGGCGAAUGAGAAUAUGCUUCCAGCCCAAGAGGCUGCCAAAAUCUACCACACCAAUUAUGUGAGAAAUGCCCGGGCCAUCGGUGUCUUGUGGGCUGUUUUCACCAUAUGCUUCGCCAUCAUUACCGUGGUGGUCUUCAUUCAGCCCUACUGGAUUGGUGAUAGUGUUAACACCCCACAGGCUGGAUACUUUGGGCUUUUUCACUAUUGUAUUGGCAACCCCAUCACCUCCGAAUUGGUCUGCAAAGGAAGCGUGUUUGAUUUUGGUUCGAUCCCCUCAGGGGCUUUCAGGACUGCUAUGUUUUUUGUAGGCACCUCAAUGCUCCUUAUCGUAGGCACCAUUGUGUGCUUGGGUCUUUUCUUCUUCUGCAACUCUGCAAGUGUGUACAAGAUAUGCGCAUGGAUGCAAACAUCUUCAGCUGUGUUGAUGGUGAUGGGUUGUAUGAUUUAUCCGGACGGCUGGGAUGCCCCGGAGGUAAAGCGGAUGUGUGGUGAGAGGACGGACAAGUACACGCUGGGGAACUGCACCAUUCGCUGGGCUUAUAUUUUAGGCAUUAUCAGCAUCCUGGACUCAGCGUUACUGGCACUGCUUGCUUUCACUCUGGGCAACCGGCAAGACAAUCUGCUGCCAGAUGACUUCGAGGUGGAGGGUAACGAUAAAGCCUGA